GGGAGCAGCCCCGGAGCCGCCCCAACAUCCAGCCUUUUUGGAUUCUUUUAGAAGAUUCAACAGUAAGACUCUUCUCUCUCCACUUUCCUUUCGUCCCAGAAAGCGGAAUCUGCAAAGUGCUUUGUAAAGUUCCUUAAGGUAAUCCUGUCUUACCGGGAGCAGGGCUGCAGCAAUGGUGUCCUGCCUUCAGUGACCCGGCCUUGGAGCUCAACUCCCCUCGGCACCCCGAGCGGAUUUAAUGAAUUGUGCCGCCAUUGCAGCCAAAAUGAAUCCCAAGGAAGAAAAAGUAAAAAUAAUUACAGAGGAGUUCAACGAAAACAAUGAGGUCGCAGAGGUGGGCAGACAGAAGAAGACUUCAAAGGUUGCAAGACAAAAAAGAAAGAAACGGCUGCCCACCGCUGGCCCCGAGGAGAUGGUGUCUGAAAAUCCCCACCUGGGCGGCCAGCAGGAGCCCGUGCAGGAAGAUUCUGACACUCGCCCCCUGAGCAUGAUGAGCCGUCGAGGCCCACGGAGCUUACCUCCAAUUCCUUCAGCUUCCAGGACAGGCUUUGCAGAAUUUUCCAUGAGGGAACGCAUGAGGGAGAAAUUACAAGCUGCAAGGUCCAAAGCAGAAAGCACAUUGCUGCAGGAAAUCCCCACCACUCGGCCCAGGCGCUUACAAAGUCCCAGCAAGAAAGAAUUGGAGACUGAAUUUGGCACAGAGCCAGGUGAAAAGGUACAAAGGACUAAACAAGAAGACAAUUCCCAAAGCUACUCAAGAGUAAAGUUCCGUGAUUCUGCACAAAAAAUCAAGUCUAAACCCCCGGUUCCACCUGGCUUCCCUUCUGCCGAAGAAGCCUAUAACUUCUUCACUUUCAACUAUGAUCCUGAACCAGAGGAAUCAGAGGAAAAAUCACAAGCCAGAAAUAGAGAUGAAACUAACCAAGAGGAGGAGGAAGGAGAGGAAGAAGAGCCAACUGUGCAUGGAGAACACAAAACGGUAAUGCAGGAUGAGGAAGAGCUGCUUAGUGCUAAGGAUGCCGAGGAUUUUCUACUGGGCUUGGACCACGCAGCCGAGGAUUUUGUGGCAGUCAGACCUGCAGAUUACGAAAGCGUUCACGUUAGGCUGCAGAGGGAAAAAGAACUCCUGUUCGUACCCAGUAGACUGACAGUGCCCACGUAUAAAAAGCUUCCCGAGAAUGUGCAGCCCAGAUUUCUGGAAGACGAAGGCCUUUAUAUUGGAGCAAGACCAGAGGUGCCUCGCACCUGUCAGAACAUCGUGGAGAACAGGCUGCUGACGCAGGACCCCGGAAGAAAGUGGUUUGGAGAUGACGGGAGAAUCCUAGCACUGCCAAAUCCCACCAAGGGGUUUCCUUCAAGACCACCAAUGUUGACACAGGAACAAGACAUUAAGGCAGAACUUGAAACAUUGUAUAAAAAGGCCAUAAAAUAUGUCCAUAGAAGUCAGCACAUGAUUGGAUCUGGAGACACCCCUGGAAAUUUCCAACUGGACAUUGAUAUUUCAGGGUUAAUCUUCACUCAUCAUCCCUGUUUCAGCCGAGAGCAUGUUCUGGCAGCCAAGUUGGCUCAAUUAUAUGACCAGUACCUUGCAAGACACCAGAGAAACAAGGCAAAAUUCCUUACUGAUAAGCUCCAAGCUCUCAGAAUUGCAGUUCAGACAGGACUUAAUCCAGCAAAAACUCAUAAGUCUCUCGAUACAACCCAAAAAACCAUCAGUGAGUAUAAGUCUGAAAUUCGGCAAACAAGAAAAUUACGUGACGCUGAACAGGAGAAAGAUCGAACGUUGCUUAAAACCAUCAUAAAAGUUUGGAAGGAAAUGAAAUCCCUUCGAGAAUUUCAGAGGUUUACAAAUACACCCUUGAAACUUGUUUUGAGAAAGGAAAAAGUUGACCAGAAAGCAGACGAAGAAGCAUAUGAAGCAGAAAUUCAAGCGGAAAUAAGUGAGUUGUUGGAAGAGCACAUGGAAGAGCAUGAACAGAACAUGGAAGCAUACAGAGCCGCAUACCAGCAGUGGAAAGCCUGGAAGAAAGCCCAAAGGGCCAAGAAGAAGAAAAAGAAGCAAGCAGUCGAAGAACAACCCGAUGAGGAGAUGGAGGAGCCAUAUCCUGGGGAGGAACCUGUAAAACCGGUCCCCCCAGAACCCACCGAUCGGGCCCUGAUAGAGCAACAGGUGAGAGAGAGGGCAGCCCGGAGCAGAAGAAGGCCUGGGGAGCCCACACUGAUCCCAGAGCUGAGCCUGGCAGGGAGCGUCACACCCAAUGAACAGUGUCCCAGGGUGGAGGUCUUACGAAGGGAGGAUGUCAAGAAGCGCUCAGUAUAUCUAAAGGUGAUCUUCAAUGACAAGGAAGUGUCCAGGACCGACAGUCGGCCACUAGGGGCAGACUUCCGAGUUCACUUUGGACAGAUUUUCAAUUUGCAAAUAUUCAACUGGCCGGAGAGUUUAACAUUGCAGGUAUAUGAAACAGUUGGACACAGUGGUACCACUUUGCUAGCAGAAGUGUUUCUGCCUAUUCCUGAAACUACCAUUGUCACUGGAAGGGCUCCUAUUGAAGAAGUGGAAUUUAGCAGUAACCAGCAUGUAACACUGGACCACGAAGGAGUUGGAAGUGGAGUGCCCUUCUCAUUUGAAGCUGACGGUAGUAAUCAAUUGAUUCUAAUGACAUCGGGGAAAGUCUCCAACAGUGUGGCAUGGGCCAUUGGAGAAAAUGGGAUACCUUUAAUUCCUCCACUGUCACAGCAGAACAUCGGAUUUAGAAGUGCUUUGAAGAGGGCAGAUGCCAUCUCAUCUAUUGGCACGUCAGGACUGACAGACUUGAAAAAAUUGGCCAAAUGGGCAGCAGAGUCCAAGCUCGACCCAAACGACCCCAACAAUGCCCCCUUGAUGCAGCUAAUCUCGGUUGCUACCAGCGGUGAAUCCUAUGUCCCUGAUUUCUUUCGACUGGAACAGCUGCAACAAGAAUUUAACUUUGUCUCAGAUGAGGAAUUAAAUAGAUCCAAACGAUUCAGGCUUCUUUGUCUUAGAAGCCAAGAGGUGCCAGAAUUCCGAAAUUAUAAACAAAUUCCAGCAUAUGACCGAGAAAUUAUGGAAAAAGUAUUCCAGGACUAUGAAAAACGUUUACAAGACAGAAAUGUAAUUGAAACCAAGGAUCACAUAGAUACUCAUAGGGCCAUAGUAGCCAAGUACCUCCAACAGGUUAGAGAAUCAGUAAUAAAUCGUUUCCUGAUUGCAAAACACCAUUUUCUUCUUUCGGAUUUGAUAGUAGAAGAAGAAGUUCCUAAUAUCAGCAUUCUGGGGCUAAGCCUUUUCAAGCUGGCAGAACAAAAGCGACCACUAAGGCCAAGGAGAAAAGGUCGGAAGAAGGUGACGGCCCAAAACCUGUCCAAUGGAGACAUAAAGGUGUUGGUGAACAUUAUCCGGGCUUAUGACAUUCCCGUAAGGAAGCCAACAACAAGCAAAUUCCAGCAGCCUUCAAGAUCUUCAAGGACUUUCAGCGAGAAGCGUGCUGCUUCCCCAACCACACACAGCCCAACCCACAGUUCUGACUACCCCCUCGGCCAGGUUUUAGUACGUCCUUUUGUGGAAGUUUCUUUUCAACGAACGAUUUGCCACACAACAACAGCAGAAGGACCAAAUCCCAGCUGGAAUGAAGAACUUGAACUUCCUUUUAGGGCUCCCAAUGGGGAUUACAGCACAACAAGUUUGCAGUCAGUGAAAGAUGACGUGUUCAUUAACAUUUUCGAUGAAGUGCUGUACGACGUCCUAGAGGAUGACCGUGAAAGAGGAAGCGGAAUCCACACCCGUAUUGAGAGACACUGGUUGGGAAGCGUGAAAAUUCCAUUUAGCACAAUAUAUUUCCAAGCCAAGAUUGAUGGAACAUUUAAAAUAGACAUUCCCCCUGUUCUUCUGGGCUACAGCAAAGAGCGAAGCAUGAUUAUGGAGCGGGGUUUUGACUCUGUACGAAGCCUGAGCGAAGGCUCCUACAUCACCCUGUUCAUUACCAUCGAGCCUCAGCUGGUUCCCGGGGAGUUGGUUCGAGAAAAGUUUGAUUCUCAGGAAGAUGAGAAAUUGCUUCAAGCAACAGAGAAGUUUCAAACUGAAUGUGCCUUAAAGUUUCCACAUCGCCAGUGCCUCACAACAGUGACUGACAUAAGUGGAAAAACUGUAUUUGUCACUCGUUACCUGAAGCCUUUAAACCCUCCACAGGAGCUCCUGGAUGCCUGUCCCAACAAUCCUCAGGCAACGGCAGAACUGGUGGCUCGAUAUGUGUCAUUGAUUCCUUUCUUACCUGACACUGUUUCAUUUGCUGGCAUCUGUGACCUGUGGAGCACAUCUGAUCAAUUUCUGGAUCUCCUAGCAGGAGAUGAAGAAGAACAUGCAGUAUUACUAUGUAAUUAUUUUCUCUUUCUGGGAAAGAAGGCCUGGCUCAUGAUGGGCAAUGCUAUUCCUGAGGGUCCAACUGCCUAUGUGCUAACUCGGGAGCAAAGUCACUAUUUAAUAUGGAAUCCCUGCAGUGGACAUUUUUAUGGACAAUUUGAUACAUUCUGUCCCUUAAAAAGUGUGGGCUGUUUAAUUGGUCCUGAUAAUAUUUGGUUUAAUACUCAACGAUACGACUCCCCACUACGGAUAAAUUUUGAUGUCACCAAACCCAAGCUAUGGAAAUCUUUCUUUUCAAGAAGCCUUCCAUAUCCUGGCCUUUCCAGUAUUCAGCCAGAAGAACUAAUUUACCAGCGCAUAGACAAAGCGGCUGCAGCUGAGCUACAAGACAGGAUUGAAAAAAUACUGAAAGAAAAAAUCAUGGACUGGAGGCCACGCCAUCUGACUAGAUGGAACAGGUACUGUACCUCCGCGCUUCGACACUUCUUACCUGUGUUAGAAAGAAGUCGAGGAGAAGAUGUAGAAGAUGACCAUAGAGCAGAGCUGCUCAAACAGCUGGGAGACUACCGGUUCUCUGGAUUUCCCCUUCACAUGCCCUAUUCUGAACUGAAGCCUUUAAUUGAAGCAGUGUAUAGCACCGGAGUACAUAAUAUUGAUGUUCCUAAUGUUGAAUUUGCUUUAGCUGUAUAUAUCCACCCAUACCCCAAAAAUGUUUUGUCUGUCUGGAUUUAUGUUGCCUCCCUUAUACGCAACAGGUAAUUUUUUCAUUGUAUACUUUUUUUAUCAUGUAAAAACUGUAAGGUAUGAGGAUAUUUUUAAGUGAUCCUGAUCACAUAAAUUAUUUGUAAAUAAUGAAAUAAAACUAUCAUUUUCAAAAUAAGUUUAUAUUUAGUAGUCUGUCUUGUCUCUUGCCACUCUGACCCCACAUUCCAUUGAGGCUUCCCAGAGUUCCCCCUCACAGGUACCUCUGGGGGUCUUUAUACGCUUCCCAUCCCCCUCCAAGUCCUGAGUGGAGGGGGUGGGGAUGGCUGCUCUUGUCCAUAGGCUCUGGGUCUCCAGGGAGGCUAGGAGCUGCCCAGAGCCCAUCUCCUGGCCAGACCCAGCUGGUGGGAUGAGGGGUUGGCCCCUAUUCUGGUGCAGGUUUACAAGCUCUAUAAAGGUACAGUGCCUACCACUGGCCCCCCCUUCCCAUUCCCCCAAUAAAAAGCACAAGAUAGGGUCAGGCUGCCUCCAGAGUUGGGUGGGGACAGAGACAUCAGGCAGCCUGGGACGGAAAUGUAAAGGUGAAAAUAAAAGAUUUAUCAAGUUAUGACUGAUUGUGUCAUAAAAAAAAUAAAAAAAAAAAAAACGUGGGCACCCCACAUCUAUGCCUUUGUACUUACCUUCUACUUGGAAUGCCCUCCUUCUUUGCCUGUCCAACAGAAUACCCAUCAUACUUUUAAGACCCAGCAAAAUAACACAACUUCUCUGGGGGAAGCAGGAACAAUUUUGCAUUAUAGAAUUAACACCAAACAUCUCGUAAGACCUUAUCCUUUAGAAAUACUGAACAAACAUGCACAUGUACACAAAUGUGCCCAUAUAUAUCUCACACAAUCCUAUUGAAACAAUAUAGUAUUGGGAGGGGGGUAUGUUUAAACAUCCCCCAAAGGAAAGUCAUUUAAAAAACUAAGACAUUGCUAUGGACUAAAUGUUUGUGUCUCCCACAAAAUUCCUACCUUGAAACCCAAAUCCCUUAUGUAAUGGUAUUUGGAGAUGGGUCCUUUGGGAGGCAAUUCGGUAUGAGAGUGGAGGCCUGGUGUUGGGAUGAAUGCUACUGUAAAAAUACAGUAGAGAGCUUGCUUACUUUCUUCAGGCCAUGUGUGGAUACAAUGAGAAGACGGCCCUCUGCAAAUCAGAAAGCAAGCCCUCACCAGAAACCAGAUCUGCCAGCACCUUACCCCUGACUUCUCAGCAUCCAGAUAUAACAGAAGUCAAUGUUUGUUGUUUAAGCUACCCAGUGUAUAGUAUUCUGUUAUAGCAGCCCAAACAGAUUAAGACAAACACAGGUACUACCACACUAAGUCACUAAAAGGUAUUAAAUCUAUGUGCUGACAUGGAAAAAUGUACACAAAAUAGAAAUACAUAAAGCAGGGUUUCUUAACAGAGGCACUACUGACAUUCUGGGCCAAGUAAUUUUUUGCUAUGGAGGGCUGACCUGACCUGUUCAUUAGAGGAUGUUUAGCAGCAUCCUUGACCUCUACCCACUACAUGUCAUUUGCAUCCUUUCCCUCUGCCAAACUGUGAUGACCAAAAAUGUUUCCAUACAUUGUCUAUUGUCCUCUAGGGAUAAACUGACUCCAGCUGAGAACAUAGCUGGAAUACGAUCUCACUUAAAAAAACAAACAAAAAAAACCCAUAAAGCCAGAGGGACCAAAUUAGGCAAAAACUUUCACCUUUUACUUUAUUCCCUUAAGCCAUCCUCUAUCAGAUUAAAUUAUAAUUAGGGGUUGGCAUGCCUCUGAUACCUCAAUUAGGGACUCUUCAAGAGAGAGAGCUCAAGGACUGACCUGUAAGAGUCAUUACCAGGCAAUACCUCGUCAUUACAGAGUACCAUGCAUGGACAAGUUACUUAACCUUUCUGCUAUUUAUUUUCCCCAUAUACAGAAUCAAAAUGAUCACACUCCUUCCUUCCUCUCACAGUUUAAUAAAGUCAGUAUAUGUAAGUAUAAGGUACUUAGAACACUGCCCAGCACUGAGCACCUGAUGUCUGUCAGGCACCCCAAGGCAGUUCACGUAACUUGUGUUUUAUUCUAAGAAUGAAUAAUUCCAAUAACUCACUAAAUCAAUCACAAAUCCCACGACAAAUUUAAACAAAGUAUUUGGGGAGUUCCUGGGUGGCUCAGCGGUUUAGUGCCUCCCUUUGGUCCAGGGCGUGAUCCUGGAGUCCUGAGAUCAAGUUCCACAUCAGGUUCUCUUCAUGGAGCCUCCUUCUCCCUCUGCCUGUGUCUCUACCUUUCUCUCUCUCUCUCUCUCAUGAAUAAAUAAAAUCUUUAAAAAUAAAUAAAAUAAACCAAGUAUUUGUAGUGUUUCAUCAAAGACUAACUAUACCCUGAAGUUAGUGUAUCAAAAUUAAGUAUAAAUUAUGUCGUCUGUCUCCCCAUGCAACUAGAAGGAGAGGAAGAGUAGAGAGUAGUGAGUCUCCACAUGAUGAUGUGCAGUCAGUGUAGUCCAAGACUGCCAGGUCUUAUUUAAUGGUUUGCUAAUAUCAAGUAGCAUAGGACAAAGCAAAAAGGAGACACCUCAAUCACCUGGUACCCCUGAGGAAAUUAGCUGCUCAAAUUAAUUAAUUUAAAAGAGUAACAUUUAAGUCAACUCCUGAAACACUACUGAGUCAUUAUAAGAAUUUCUCGCCCCAAUAUAUUAUAGUGUUUUGUGACUACAGGGAGGAUAAACUUGAGUCCUCCCUCACCUGAUAACUCAGGGCCAGGAGUAUAGAUGAGUAAUUUUACUUACAAUUCAUGUAAAUACAGAUAAGAUAAAGCAUGGGGAUGGUUGGACUCACUCAGAAAAAUCCUUGUAGCUUGUUUUCUUGAAAUAGUCCCUGAUAUGAAUUUUUCAAAUACACUUUAUUGAACACUUAAGGAAACAAACACAGUAACUACAGGACAAUCAACCUUACAAAAUGAAACUUCAGACUGUAAGCGCUCCCUAAGCUUGUAUUUCCUUUCAAGUUCUGUAAGGAAAUCAAGAAAUCAUUCCUUCACAUCAGGUUCCCUGCAUGGAGCCUGCUUCUCCCUCCGCCUAUGUCUCUGCCUCUCUCUCUCUGUGUCUCUCGUGAAUAAAUAAAAUCUUUAAAAAAAAAAAAAAGGGAAAAAGAAAAAAUUAUUUCUUACUUUGUGCUUAGGCCAGACUUUUGAAGGAGAAGGCUAGGUGCCACAGUCCCACAAAAGGCAAGACUAUUUACACCUAAGAGGUACAAGCUCUGAAGGUAAGAUAGUCUGCUCACACAGCUGCCUUGUCCCACACACAAGAAACAUUUUCCAAGUGUCAAUUAUGACAGGAGGUACAACUUCAGGAGGGCCAUCCGAGAGCAGCCUCCACCCAACUCCAUCUCCCCUGGAGUGUUUAAUUAAAAUAUUAGUUGAGACUUAAAACGGGAUGGAGUCUCCUUGUUCAUAUUCUCAUCAGAUGAUUAUUUUUUCACCUUUAUUAUUAUUUUUUUUUAAUUUAUGAGAGAACAGAGAGAGAGGCAGAGACACAGGCA